CCUCAGUGCCCUGUACUCGCCCAUGGACAUCCAGGUGCUCAGCCAGGAGCGGCAGCCUUCCUUCCACACGCGAUGUGAGGAGGACAACGGCGGCUGCUCCCACCUGUGUCUCCUGUCCCCGAGGGAGCCUUUCUACGCAUGCGCCUGCCCCACGGGCGUACAGCUGCAGGACAACGGCAGGACGUGCAAGGCAGGGGCCGAGGAGGUGCUGCUGCUAGCCCGGCGGACAGACCUGCGCAGGAUCUCGCUGGACACGCCGGACUUCACCGACAUCGUGCUUCAGGUGGAUGACAUCCGGCAUGCAAUUGCCAUCGACUACGACCCGUUGGAGGGUUACGUCUAUUGGACUGACGACGAGGUGCGGGCCAUCCGCAGGGCAUACCUGGACGGGUCAGGGGCGCAGACACUGGUCAACACUGAGAUCAAUGACCCCGACGGCAUCGCGGUCGACUGGGUGGCCCGCAACCUCUACUGGACCGACACAGGCACUGACCGCAUUGAGGUGACGCGCCUUAAUGGCACCUCCCGCAAGAUCCUGGUGUCUGAGGACCUGGACGAGCCCCGGGCCAUCGUCCUGCACCCUGUGAUGGGCCUCAUGUACUGGACGGACUGGGGGGAGAACCCCAAAAUCGAGUGCGCCAACCUGGACGGGCAGGAGCGGCAUGUGCUGGUGAACACGUCCCUUGGGUGGCCUAAUGGCUUGGCCCUGGACCUGCAGGAGGGGAAGCUCUACUGGGGGGACGCCAAGACGGACAAAAUUGAGGUGAUCAAUGUCGAUGGGACAAAGAGGCAGACCCUCCUGGAGGACAAGCUCCCACACAUCUUCGGGUUCACGCUGCUGGGGGACUUCAUCUAUUGGACCGACUGGCAGCGGCGCAGCAUUGAGCGGGUGCACAAAGUCAAGGCCAGCCGGGAUGUCAUCAUUGACCAGCUGCCUGACCUGAUGGGCCUCAAAGCCGUGAACGUGGCCAAGGUCACUGGAACCAACCCGUGUGCAGACGGGAACGGGGGAUGCAGCCACCUGUGCUUCUUUACACCCCGUGCGACCCGGUGCGGCUGCCCCAUUGGCCUGGAGCUGCUGAGCGACAUGAAGACCUGUAUUGUGCCCGAGGCCUUCCUGGUCUUCACCAGCAGAGCAGCCAUCCACAGGAUCUCCCUGGAGACCAACAACAACGACGUGGCCAUCCCGCUCACGGGCGUCAAAGAGGCCUCUGCACUGGACUUUGACGUGUCCAACAACCACAUCUACUGGACGGAUGUCAGCCUGAAGGUACCGCUUGCUAGAUCGCGUUCCCGGGCAGCUUUUCUAUGAAAAUCUUGCCUGUAAUGUUACCACCUCAAAGGCUUACACAUUUUUUUUAAAGAACUAUAAUAUUUAUUGUAACUUGAUGGAAGCUAAUGAAAUUUUAGCAAACCUAUUUUAAUAAACACAUAUGAAUGCUUAUAAUGAGCAGAUCUAGUAAAUGCACACAUGGCGUUUUUGUAGAAUGCUGUGUAAAUGUGAAACAUUUGUUAUAAAUUGACAUUGACUUCAGACUCACCUCACCAGCUUCCAUUUGCUUAGCAAACUCUUUCUUCA